AUGGAACUACUCCUACUAGGUGAUAACAAUGGUAAUAAUCACUACGUACUUAUAAAAGAUGUGAAUAGAAUGUUAUUCAGUGUAAGUAAGCAUGCACAUAGGCAACACUUCUGUUUACACUGUCUUCAUAGCUGUGUAAGUGAAGAAUCACUGGAAAAGCAUAAGGAGACAUGUCUAGCCACAAAAUUUCCCGAGGAAGGAACAACAAUAAAGUUCAAACACCAAAGAAACUCGAUGCCGGUGCCCUUUGUUAUAUACGCUGAUUUUGAGUCUAUACUAGUACUAGUACCAGAAGAGAAGAAAGAAAAGUCAGAUGCUAGUGAUGAUAGUAGUAGUCCGUCAUGCUACCAGAAACACAAGGCCUGCAGUUUUGGGCUGAAGACAGUCUGCCAUUAUGAUAAUCAGUACUUCGGUGAGUAUAAGAGUUACGUUGGUGAGGAUGCCGCAUUAGUCUUCUUAAAGACUGUUAUAAAGGAGUCUACCAAGUGUAGGGAGCUUGUUAAUAAAAUAUUCAAGAAGAAACUGGUAAUAACACCUGAACAGGAACUUGAGUUCUGGACCACUAGAAACUGCUCCAUAUGUGGCAACGAUCUAGUUGACGAUAGAGUGAGAGACCAUGAUCAUGUAACCGGAUUGUACCGUGGAGCUGCUCACAAAAUAUGUAAUCUUAAGUACAGAAUUACAUGGGAGAUCCCAGUAGUGUUCCACAAACUUAGAGGUUAUGAUAGCCAUCUUAUAAUGCAGGAAAUAGGUAAGUUCAGAAUGAAUGUUAAUUUGAUCCCUAAUAAUAUGGAAAAAUAUAUAUCAUUCUCACUGGGUAAGAAUCUGGUCUUCAUAGAUAGUAUACAGUUCAUGGCUUCCUCACUAGAGUCACUGGUAGAUAACUUAUCACCUGAGGACUUUAAGAUAGUAGGUGAAAGAUGGAAAGGUGAGGACUUCAAUCUAGUGACACAAAAAGGUGUGUUUCCUUAUGAGUUCCUAGAUGAUAUUAGCAUACUUAUUACAGAAGGUCUUCAGAGUAAGGAUAAGUUCUACUCUACUCUGUAUGAGUCAGAGGUAAGUGACAAGGAUUACGAAAGAGCUCAAAAAGUAUGGGAUCAUUUCAAGAUGAAGACUCUGAAGGAUUACCACGAUCUCUACUUGGAAACGGAUGUUCUACUACUAGCGGAUGUGUUUGAAAACUUCAGGAGAACAUGUCUUAAGAAUUACGAGUUAGACCCAGCACAUUACGUGUCAGCACCUAGUCUUAGUUGGGACGCUUUCCUGAAGAAGUCAGGUGAGGAAAUAGAAUUGGUAAGUGAUAUGGAUAUGUUCCAGUUCUUCGAGAAGGGUAUGAGAGGUGGUACAAGUUAUAUAGCUCAUAGACACUCAGAAGCUAAUAACAAAUACAUGGAAACCUAUGACGAGACGGAAGAGGAUAAGUUCCUAAUGUACCUAGAUGCCAAUAACUUAUACGGCUGGGCAAUGUCACAACCUCUACCUAAUGGAGAGUUCGAGUGGGUUGACGACCCCGAUAAUAUAAGGAUAGAAGACUACCUAGAAGACGAAGGAAGAGGGAUGGUUUUAGAGGUUGAUCUAGAAUACCCGGAAGAAUUACACGAUUCACAUAACGGUUAUCCUCUUGCACCAGAAAGUAAGGAAAUAGAUGAGUCUAUGUUGUCAGACUAUGCGAAGGAUAUUGCUGAGAAAUUCCAACUGACUAUUGGAGGAGUAAGAAAGUUGAUAACUUCAUUAGGUCCCAGGAAGAAGUACGUUCUACAUGUACGUAAUCUAAAACUCCACACUGACCUCGGAAUGAAACUCACUAAGGUUCAUAGAGCUGUUACAUUUAAGCAGUUACCCUGGCUUAAGGACUACAUAGACUUCAAUACGAAGAAAAGGUCAGAAGCCCGUAAUACCUUUGAUAAAAACUUCUUCAAACUAAUGAACAACUCCAUAUAUGGUAAGACUAUGGAGAAUCUUAGGAAAAGAGUAGAUGUAAAGCUAGUGUCUUCCAAAGACCAACUACUAAAACUUACCGCAUCACCAAGCUUCCAGUCACAUAGGAUAAUGAAUGAGCAUCUUAUUGUUGUAAAGAAGAUUAAGGAAGUUCUAACUCUGAACAAGCCGUGCUAUGUAGGGAUGAGCAUCUUAGAUUUAUCAAAGACUCUAAUGUAUGAUUUCCACUACAACACAAUUAAAAAGGAGUACGGUAACAAGUCCAAGCUACUGUUCACGGAUACUGACAGUCUAAUGUACGAACUGAAGACUAAGGAUGUUUACGAAGACUUCAAGAAAAUAGGUGAAAAGCUGAACUGCUGGGAUAAUUCAGAUUACCCAAAAGAUAGCCCUUACUACUCAACCCACAACAAGAAGGUUAUUGGUAAGUUCAAGGACGAGGCUGGAGGAGUACCCAUAAUUGAGUUUGUUGGACUAAGGUCAAAGAUGUACUCAUACGUAAAGGAGAAUGGUAAGGGUGGAAUGACUGCUAAGGGUGUUAAGAAGUAUGUCAUCAGAAAUAAGCUAAGUCAUGAAAACUUCAAGAAUGUCAUAAACACGAAAAGUAGGAUGAGACAUAGUAUGAACACAAUCAGGAGUACUAAGCAUACUAUUGGAACUUAUGAGGUUAAGAAGGUUACUCUAAGUUGCUUUGAUGAUAAAAGGUAUCUUUUGGAGGAUGGAGUUACUAGUUAUGCUUACGGACACUGUAUGAUAGAAAAAAGUAGUGUUGAUGUUCCAAUCGAAGAAAAAAUAAACACAGCCUGUGUGUUCACAAGGGCGGAGUUGGAAAUUGAGGAAUGCAAGCUUGCGAAGGCAGAACUGGUGGUCGUAGAAAAGCCUAAGUGUUCUGUGAAAUUCCCCGAGGAAAUCGUAAGGAUGAAGACAGCGCUGACCGAAAAACUGCAGGAGCGUGAUGUAUUCCUUGAUUUGAUAGUAGAGUUCAGAAAAGCGGAAAGGACUCUAUCACAUCAUAAAAGAACUAUACUACUAAUGCUAUCAAGUUGGGAUAUCGAUAAGGCUAAAAAGUACGUUAGGAACUGUGAUAACAAAAAACUGUGUGAAAUGUCAGAUGAUGAAAUUCAGCUUCACUGGGACAAACUUGUUAAGAAGGGUAUGACUGAUUACGAGGUUAGUCUCAUAAUUAGUAGGGAAGUGUAUGAGGGAGGAGAAAGGCUUAAGGGUGAGUACAGAUUUUACCUGGGUCUAACUGAUGAGUAUGUUGAAAAGCCAUCAAAACUAUACAAAGAUUGGCUCAUGGAAGUAAUGGGUUACAAUGAGAAAACUGCUCAUAAACUAACAGCUAAGGAAUUCAAUGGUGAAAUGAAAGAUGUUGCAGAGGACUCAGACUACGAAAGAGAAAUGUACAAGAAAUGGUUGAUGAAAGAUAAAGGUUACAGCGAGGAGGAUGCCGAGGACAUGACAGAGCAGCACUUCCAAAUAAUGGAGGAAGAAAACGAGACCGAAGACUGGUCCACAGGUGAGGGUAUCAAAAAUGAUGGUGUGACGAUAGCGAUGAUUAUGAUGAUUGGUGAGGUGAACUGUGUAGAAAAAUGGUGGUUGUAA